AGCAGUCUAGCAGAUCCCGCUUCAUAGUUUGAAGAACAGAAAAGCAAAUGGAAAAAAUCUGCGUGGCCGUUAGAGUUCGUCCUCUCGUUUCUUCAGAUUCCGUCAAUGGAAGCUUCUGGAAGGUCCACGAUAACCGCAUUUCUCUUCACAAGAUCCAUGGAACUCCACUCUCUAAUUCUUCUUAUGCUUUCGAUCAUGUAUUCGAUGAAUCUUGCUCGAAUUCGAGUGUUUAUGAGAUUCUCACUAAGGAUAUCAUUCUCGCUGCUCUCAAUGGCUUCAACGGGACUGCAUUUGCUUAUGGGCAGACAAGCAGUGGGAAGACGUUCACCAUGAAUGGUUGUGAGACUGACCCGGGAGUGAUUCCUCGGGCAGUCAAAGAUAUAUUUUCAAAAAUUGAGACGAUGACUGAACGGGAGUUUUUAAUUCGAGUUUCCUACAUGGAGAUUUAUAAUGAAGAGAUUAACGACCUUCUUGUUGUUGAAAAUCAGAAAUUGCAAAUUCAUGAGAGUUUGGAGCGGGGAGUAUUUGUUGCAGGGCUCAGAGAGGAAAUUGUCAAUAAUGCUGAACAAGUUCUAGACCUCCUUAAAGUAGGGGAAGUGAAUAGGCACUUUGGUGAGACAAAUAUGAAUGUAAGGAGUAGCAGAUCACAUACAAUAUUUAGAAUGGUGAUUGAAAGCAAAGGGAAGGAUUCCGAUUCUUCUGAUGAUAGUUCAAUAAGUGACAUUGUUCGAGUUUCAGUCUUGAAUUUAGUAGAUCUUGCUGGCUCUGAAAGGAUUGCAAAAACUGGAGCUGAUGGAGUGCGUUUGAAAGAAGGAAAAUACAUUAACAAAAGCUUGAUGAUUCUAGGAAAUGUUAUUAAUAAAUUAAGUGAGGGUUCAAAAAAUAGGGGACAUAUCCCAUAUCGUGAUAGUAAAUUAACACGUAUACUCCAACCUGCUCUUGGUGGAAAUGCCAAAACAUCCAUUAUUUGCACCGUAGCACCAGAAGAGGAUCACAUUGAAGAAACAAAGGGAACUCUUCAGUUUGCUAGUAGAGCCAAACGCAUCACCAAUUGUGUUCAAGUGAAUGAGAUUCUAACAGAUGCAGCCUUGUUAAAGCGGCAACAGCUAGAGAUAGAAGAGCUACGUAAGAAACUUCAGGGAUCUCAUGCUGGGGUGCUCGAGCAAGAGGUUCUUAAACUCAGGAACGAUUUACUCAAGUAUGAAAUGGAGCGUGGUAAGCUUGAAAUGGAACUGGAAGAGGAGAGGAAAUCGCGUAAUCAAUGGAUUAGCGAGCAACAGAUGAAAAUUGAAAAUUCCAGUACUACAUCAUUCUCAGUCUCAGAUUGUGGGACUAACGACAAUCAGGGACCUAGAUAUUUGAGGCGAGGAUUAAUUGAAGAGUACAGUGACAUUAAUAGUACAUCUCAAGGAGAUAUAUUUAAAUCUCCCUGUUUAAAGACAGCCAGUGCUUUUGUUGUCAAGCGAUCAAGAAAUUCAACAUUGCCAGAUAGCAGUCCUUCUCUUCCCGAAGCUUUCAGCAAUGUGGCUGACGAAGAUAUGUGGUUGAAAAUGAACAAUGGCUACGUUGCGGACCUUGAUUCUCUUCAAAUUACUCCCACUCGAAAUAUUCAAUCAUUCCCACUAAGUGAUACAACUCCUGGUUGUAUAAGUCAAACUGCAAAGUAUGAACGAGAGGUUCAAGAUUUGAGAAGACAACUAGAGCUUGCAAAUGAAAAGAUAAAUGAACUGGAGAGAAAGAAUUCAGAGGAAGUACCGUCAAGCAAGCAAUUACUAGGCGAGAACCCAGACAAUCAACAAGAAACACCGCUAAUUCAAGAAUUGCCUAUGAGGUUAUCAGAAUAUGUAGAAAACUACAAAGAUAGCUUUGAGGAGGUUUUAUCAGUAAUGCAGAGAUUUGCAUUGGAUGGAAAAGUCUCAACUGAUAAGAUGCUUUCAACCAUGAGUGAAAUUGGUGCAAAUCUAUUUGCAACUUUGGAAAGUCACUUUUCCACUGAGAACUAUGCUGCAAUCCGGGAACAACAAAAGGAGUUUCAUGAGAGGAUGAAUAAUUUAAUUACAUCACUGGAGUUAUCAGAAAGCUCAAUAACAGGAAAUCAAAAGAGGACUGCUUUGUGCAGCUGUGAACACAAGGGCUCUGGUUUGGGAGGAGAAACAGAAUCUGCUUACUCAAAGGAUGCUUUGAAUGAAAGAUGUGAAAGCCUUGAAAGGGAGUUACAACUUUUGCAGAUUGAAAGAGACUCUUUGCUAGAGAAGUUCUCUGAAUCGUCUGAUAAACUUGCAAUUGUGUCAAGCCAAAAGGAAAAUGCUUUGAAAGAUUUAAACAUUGAAGUACAGAGAAGGAAAAAUCUAGAAGGGGAGGUUAAGCAAUUUACUGCAGCUUUUGUCUGUCGUCAGAAAUCGCUUACUUCCUUGCGUGGCGAUCUUAAGACCAAAAUUGAGAAAUGGAGAACCCAAACACCAAUUUCAGUGCCAAAGUCUUUUGAUGGUCAGGACUAGAAUGUUGUAAACCAUGAACAUCUCAGUGUCUUUUGCUAACAUCUAAUUGUCUUAUGAUCAUGUAUUAUUAUCUUUAUUUAUUAAACAAUUAUUCUACGUUUGAAUGAA